GGGGCCGCUCGCGCCGACAUGAGGGGCAGGCGGGGCAGGCCGCCCAAGCAGGCCGCCGCCCCUCCUCCGCCUCCUCCGCCGCCGCCGCCGCCGCCUCCUCCGCCGCCCGCGGGGCCCAUCGGGGGGCUGCGCUCGCGGCACCGCGGCACGAGCCGGGGCCGGUGGGCCAACAGCGGCGUCAACGCCCCGGCCGAGGCGGCCCCCAAGGCGCGGCUCGGCUCGCCCCGGGGGGCCGGCGGCGGCGGCGGGGGCCGGAGGAAGCCCACCCCCUCCGGCCCCCCGAGCCGGGGGGGCCGAACCGCCGGGGUGACCCGAGCCGCCGCCGCCGCCGCCGCCGUCGCCGCCGCCGUCGCCGCCUCAGGACCGGCCCCCGCCGCCGCCGCCGCCCCGUCGAGGAGGAGCAUCAGCAAAGUGGUCUACGAUGACCACGAGAGCGACGAGGACGACGACGACGAGGACAUGGUGUCCGACGACGACGACGACGACGAGGAGGGCGACCCCGAGGAGGCGCGGGACUCCGAGGCGGACGACGGCGGCGGCGGCCGCGGGGAGGACGACGACGACGAGGAGGAGGAGGAGGAGGAGGAGGGCGGCGGAGGGGCGGGGGAGGAGGACGGCUCCGAUUAUCCCGAGGAAAUGGAAGACGACGACGACGCCAGCUACUGCACCGAGAGCAGCUUCAGGAGCCACAGCACCUACAGCAGCACCCCAGGUAGGAGAAGACAAAGAGUGCAUCGUCCUCGUUCUCCAAUAUUGGAAGAAAAAGACAUCCCACUCCUUGAAUUUCCUAAAUCCUCUGAGGACUUAAUGGUGCCUAAUGAGCAUAUAAUGAAUGUUAUUGCCAUCUAUGAGGUGCUGCGGAACUUUGGCACUGUUUUACGUUUAUCUCCUUUUCGGUUUGAGGACUUCUGUGCUGCUCUGGUAAGUCAAGAGCAGUGCACACUUAUGGCAGAAAUGCAUGUUGUGCUUUUGAAGGCAGUUUUGCGUGAAGAAGACACUUCAAAUACUACCUUUGGACCUGCUGAUCUGAAAGAUAGUGUGAAUUCCACACUGUAUUUCAUAGAUGGAAUGACGUGGCCAGAGGUUCUGAGGGUAUAUUGCGAAAGCGACAAAGAAUACCAUCACGUUCUUCCUUAUCAAGAAGCAGAAGAGUACCCUUACGGACCAGUGGAGAGUAAAAUCAAAGUUCUUCAGUUUUUAGUGGAUCAGUUUCUAACGACCAAUAUUGCUCGGGAAGAGUUGAUGUCUGAAGGGGUGAUCCAGUAUGAUGACCAUUGUAGGGUUUGUCACAAACUUGGGGAUUUGCUUUGCUGUGAGACUUGCUCAGCAGUGUACCAUCUGGAGUGUGUGAAACCACCUCUGGAAGAGGUACCAGAGGACGAGUGGCAGUGUGAAGUCUGUGUAGCACAUAAGGUUCCUGGGGUGACUGACUGUGUUGCUGAAAUCCAAAAAAAUAAGCCGUACAUUCGACACGAGCCCAUUGGAUAUGACCGAAGUCGGCGGAAAUACUGGUUCCUAAACCGAAGACUCAUUAUCGAGGAAGAUUCAGAAAAUGAGAAGGAUAAAAAACUUUGGUACUAUAGCACAAAGGUCCAGCUGGCAGAAUUAAUUGAAUGCCUAGACAAAGAUUACUGGGAAGCUGAGCUCUGCAAAACUCUGGAAGAAAUGAGUGAAGAGAUCCAUCGGCACAUGGACGUAACUGAAGACCUGACAAAUAAGGCUCGGGGUAGUAACAAAUCUUUCCUGGCUGCAGCAAAUGAUGAGAUUCUGGAGUUUACCAGGUCCAAGAGGGGAGAAGUAGGAGAUGAUGCUAAGAGCCCAGCUUCUGAAGAAACAGAAAAGGACAAAAAUGAGGCUGAGGACAACAGCCCAAAAGAUUCUGACAAAAACAAGGAGGACCUUGCUGACCAACCUCAAGAAAAAAACAAAGAAGAGAAAACACCUGAUGAGGAUUCUGAAAAGGGAAAAUCAGAGGAACCAACAGACGUUGGAGAUAAAGGUAACUCUGUGGCAACCAAUACGGGCGACAGCACCACAGAUGCUUCUGCAGGAGAGACUAGUCCCUCUGAAGGGAAGAGCACAAUUGGGUGUCCUUCAGAAACCCAUGAUAGCAACAACGUGGCAGAGGAGAAGGUGGCAUCUGAGCUCCCCCAGGAUGUAUCAGAAGAAACUUCCAAGGCAAGUGACAGGAACACUGGUACUGAUGAAACCAUCGUCCCACUCCCUUCCAAUAUGGAAAACAGCGGCAGCGAGCUCAAUUCUUCCCAGGGUGAACCGCUUACUAAACCGUCUGAUGACUCUGAAAGUGUCAGAGGAGACUCCCCACUUCCUGCCUGUAGUCAAGAUGAGCUGGGAGAUUUCAAGUCGGAGAAGUCUAACGGGGAGAGGAGCGAGUCCCCAGGCGUGGGGAAAGGAACCCCCGGCUCCACCCGUAUGGUCACGAGACUGCGAAAUCCUGACAGCAAGCUGAGUCAGAUGAAGAGCCAGCAGGUUGCAGCAGCAGCUCAUGAAGCAAAUAAAUUAUUUAAGGAAGGCAAGGAGGUCCUGGUGGUUAACUCCCAAGGAGAAGUUUCCAAGUUGAACACCAAAAAGGAAAUCGUGAUGAAAGGAAAUAUCAACAACUUUUUCAAGCUAGGUCAAGAGGGGAAGUAUCGCGUCUAUCACAAUCAGUACACCACCAAUUCAUUUGCACUGAACAAGCACCAGCACAGAGAGGACCAUGAUAAGAGACGACAUCUCUCACAUAAAUUUUGUCUGACUCCAGCUGGAGAGUUCAAAUGGAAUGGUUCAGUACAUGGGUCCAAAGUUCUUACCAUAUCCACUUUGAGGUUAACUAUCAUCCAGCUAGAGAACAACAUCCCAGCAUCAUUCCUUCAUCCCAACUGGGCCUCGCACAGGUCAAACUGGAUUAAGGCUGUUCAGAUGUGUAGUAAGCCUAGAGAAUUUGCACUAGCCUUGGCCAUUUUGGAGUGUGCAAUUAAGCCAGUCGUCAUGCUGCCGAUAUGGCGAGAAUCUCUGGGACAUACCAGAUUACACCGAAUGACAUCAAUUGAAAGAGAAGAAAAGGAGAAGGUAAAAAAAAAGGAGAGAAAACAAGAGGAGGAAGAAACAAUGCAACAAGCUACGUGGGUGAAAUAUACGUUUCCAGUCAAGCAUCAGGUUUGGAAACAAAAAGGGGAAGAAUAUAGGGUAACGGGUUACGGUGGUUGGAGCUGGAUCAGUAAAACACAUGUUUAUAGGUUCGUGCCUAAAUUACCAGGAAAUACUAACGUGAAUUACAGACAAAUGUUAGAAACAAAAGAUAGUGAAAGUGGUGAAAAUCAAUGUGAAUUGGAUAAAAGAAAAAGUCAAACAAAAGUAAAAAUAGAGACUGAUGUUCAGAAGAGCAAAGAAAAUGAUUCGGAGACUUCACGAGAAAUGGAACAAACUGAAAGAAAAACUUCCAGACCUUCAGAGAAGAAAAGCCAAGCUAAAAAGGAAAAUACAGUGGUAGAAGAAAAGCCAGAGGUCGAUGUGAAUUCUUCAGACUUAGCUCCUGUGGAAGAAAAAGAAGGAAAACAAAGUGCUCAUUUUGAAAAUGAUAAACCUAUCAAGGAAGAACCUAUGGAGGUAGAUGAAGUGAAGAGCGAAUCCCCCUUACCAAGUGAGGAAAGUUUUCUUGGAGCUGAUUUGAUAAAUGUCAGUGAAGGUCUUCAUCUAAGGACUAGCUACCAAAAGAAAGUAAAAUCAUCCAAAUUAGAUGGACUACUUGAAAGGAGAGUUAAGCAAUUUACACUGGAGGAAAAGCAAAGGCUAGAAAAGAUCAAAUUGGAGGCUGGUGUUAAAUCCCUGGGGAAAACAUCUUUAAGUUCCCUCAAAAGCACUGCUGAAUCCCAGGAAUUGAUGAAAGCAAAAGAAGGGAGUCAGACUGACCUGAAUGAAGAAAAAACCCAACAUUCAAGUAGUAACACAACUGAAGGUUUGAUUGAGAAAUGUUCACAAAAUAACCAACCUUCCAAUAUCAAUUCAGGUGAUCCUGUUCAGACCACUUUGCCUCACCCAGGCAAACUUUUCAAAAAAAGUAAAUUUUCAGACGAAGUCUCCAGUCAGUUCUCAGGUCCAGACCUUCAGAAACAAAUCUCUGUUGGGGACGACCCAAAUGAGGACUUUUCUGAUCCAGUUGUUUCUGAUAAAGGUCAGGAGCAGGAAAGUUUUCAAACUAAAGAAAGCGAGGAUGAGACCCAGCCCAUCAGUCUAGAGGAAACAAGUAGAUUGGACUGUAAGGAUGAAAAACAGUCAGCACGAGAAGAUCCCAACCCCACUGCUUCUCGGGGUGAACCCGAAAGCCCCUCCCAGACGAUGGAACUCGAAAGCACCUCUGAUAGAGAUGUUCUGGCUACCCCUGGAACAACAGCCUUAAAAGAAAAACCUCGGGAACUGGUGCAAGACGCAGAAACUAAAAGCACUUUGGACCAAAGUUCUGAGAUGGGGCCCACUCAAGAGAAAGAAGAGGAGGCUAAGGUUGUUCAGAGUAUCAUUGAAAAUAUUCCCGAAGGCAGGAAAAGAGAAUAUCACGAACCAGUUUUCGAAAGUCCAAAGCCCUUGAAAACAGAGUUACUUUCUGAAAAGCCUCCUGAAAACCAGGCUUCUGAGUCCAAGGUAAAAGCCAGCGAUGAUCUGCUGCACCCUAAGAUGACUGAAGCUAAUGGGGAGAAGCCAAGCCAAGAAAAGAACUCAGAGGGAGGUCUGGUGAAUAAAUGUCAUGAUCAGAUAAUUCUGAAGAAUAAUACUGACAAAAAAAAGAAUGAAAAUGGGGGAACAGAGAAGAAAGAGAAAGAAAAAUCAACUGCGUUUCACGUUAACGGCAAAAACAGUGAACUUAAAGCCUUUUCAAAGGAUGACUGUUUAAAGGAGAUCCCUGAUAGUAAGGUGGGAGGUGAUGACACUGAACCCAAGGCUAAUAAUGUUACUAAAACAAUCCCCGCUCAUGAUUCAAAACCAUCUGCGGUGAGAGAACCGGCUAUAAAGCCGUUUAUGAAUGGAGACGUCACCAUGGAAGAUUUGAAUGAGAAACGUAACUCGGAUACAAGGUCUCGCGUACUGAGUUCCUCAGAUGCUGAGACUGAACCCCUAGAGAUGACUGAGAAACUUUCUUCCGCCAAAGGGCCUAAGGCAACGCAAAGUACCGCUAAGAGAGCUGAGUCCAACGACAGCGCCUCCUCUGCGUCUCCAGUGCCUGGUAAAGAAAGCGGCGUCUUGAACCAAGUAGAAAGUAUGGAGACUGAAGCUCCAGAGGUUAAGAAAGUUACUCCUUCACCUGUUACUUCUGAAGAGGAAUCCAGCCUCAGUAGUGAUUUUCUCGAUCAGAAUGGUCUACCAGUAGACAAAGUUGAGAAUGUCAACGGAGAAGCGAAAAGAAAAACGGUGAUCACCGAAGUGACCACCACCACAUCAACCGUUGCAACAGAGUCCAAAACGGUAUUUCAAGUGUCAGAGACGUUGGCCUCCCAGGAGGAUAAAUCAACAUUAGUGUCCUCUGCAGAGAACUGUGCUGUGUCCACGAUCACCACCACCACCACCACCACCACCACUGUAACAAAGCUGAGCACCCCCGUUUCCGACAGUAACGUUGACGUCAUCUCUGUAAAGGAGCAUAGUAAAACCGUGGUUACGACGACUGUGACAGACUCGCUCACCACUCCAGGAGGCACCUUAGUCACUUCCAUGACUGUGAGCAAAGAGUAUUCUACAAAAGAUAAAGUGAAGCUGAUGAAAUUUUCAAAGCCCAAAAAGACCCGCUCUGGAACAGCUCUGCCAUCCUAUAGGAAAUUUGUAACUAAGAGCAGCAAAAAGAGUAUUUUCGUUUUGCCCAAUGACGACUUAAAAAAGUUGGCCAGAAGAGGAGGCAUCCGAGAGGUCCCUUGUUUUAAUUACAACGCAAAGCCUGCCUUGGAUAUCUGGCCUUACCCAUCCCCGAGACCAACGUUUGGAAUCACGUGGAGAUAUAGGCUUCAAACAGUGAAGUCACUGGCUGGAGUAAGCCUAAUGUUGCGGUUACUCUGGGCGAGUUUAAGGUGGGAUGACAUGGCAGCCAAAACCCCUCCGGGGGGAGGGACAACCCGAACAGAAACAUCAGAAACAGAAAUUACAACAACUGAAAUAAUCAAGAGGAGAGAUGUUGGACCCUAUGGUAUUCGAUCUGAAUACUGUAUCAGGAAAAUAAUUUGCCCCAUUGGCGUUCCGGAGGCCCCAAAAGAAACUCCUACACCUCAAAGGAAAGGCCUUCGAUCGAGUGCCCUGAGGCCGAAGAGACCGGAGACCCCUAAGCAAACAGGCCCUGUUAUCAUUGAAACCUGGGUUGCAGAAGAAGAACUAGAAUUAUGGGAGAUCAGGGCAUUUGCAGAAAGAGUGGAGAAAGAAAAGGCACAGGCAAUUGAACAGCAGGCUAAGAAACGCUUGGAGCAGCAGAAACAGUUCCCAACGGUAGUUUCGUCCCCUACUGCUCCUGCAACGUGCGGUACGGCAAAUGCGAUCUCUACCCCCCAGAAAGUGGUGGCAGGCCCCUUGUCUGGUCCAGUGUCCACAGGAACCAAAGUGGUUCUGACAACUAAAGUGGGAUCUCCGGCUACGGUAACAUUCCAGCAGAACAAGAGCUUUCACCAGACAUUCGCCACCUGGGUUAAACAAGGCCAGUCGAGUGCAGCCACCAGCACAGCUGCCACUUCUGCCACCACAAUUGCCAGCACAGGUCAGACGUUCCAGAUCACAAGCAGUCCAGUCACUAUGGCAGGGAAAGUAAUCACCAAGCUGCCGCUUCCUGCAAACAGCAAGAUUGUCGCCGUCAAUGUGCCAACGACACAAGGAGGUGUGGUUCAAGUUCAGCAAAAAGUACUGGGUAUCAUUCCACCAGGUACAGGGGCGAACCAGCAAACCUUUACCUCAUUCCAGCCACGGACGGCGACGGUCACCAUUAGGCCAAACACCCCAGGGACUGUAGGUGCCACAGGCACAUCACAAGUAAUCACAGGAACCCAGAUUCGCUCCGGUAUGACAGUCAUAAGAACACCACUCCAACAGUCAACUCUUGGAAAAGCUAUCAUCCGAACACCUCUGGUGGUUCAGCAAGGUAUUCUUCCAGCCAGUCAGUCUCAACAAGUAGUAACGCAGAUCAUAAGAGGGCAGCCUGUUUCCACCGCAGUGUCUAGUGCUAACACUGUCCCUUCAAGUCCCGGACAGAAAGUAGUAACAACUUCUGGAACAGCCACACAGCACAUACCGCCACAACCUUCAAUUCCGCAAGCCCCUCGUCCCCAGCAAGGACAGGUGAAGCUUACCAUGGCCCAGCUCACACAGCUAACACAAGGACAGGGUGGCAGUCAGGGUUUGACAGUUGUAAUUCAGGGACAGGGCCAAACUACUGGACAAUUGCAGUUGAUCCCUCAGGGGGUGACAGUAAUUCCAGGACCAGGACAACAGUUAAUGCAGGCUGCAAUGCCAAAUGGUACCAUUCAGAGAUUCCUUUUUACCCCACUGCCAGCAGCCGCCACAGCAGCCACAACAGCCAGCACCACCACCACAACGGUUUCCACUUCAACCGCAGCUACGAGUGAACAGAAACAAACCUCCCCGACACCCCAGACCCAAGGACAGCAAACCCAAUCGCCGCCACCAUCUCAGCCGCCAAGUCAGAGCGAGCCGUCAGCCCAGUCCCCGGCACCGGCACAGACUGCUCAAUCUUCCGCUCGGCCCCAGGCCUCAACGCAGGCUCCCCAGCCCCCGGGGCAGCCUGAAGUCCAGGCCCAAGCGGAAGCCCCGGCCCAAGCCACCACUCCAUCCCCAGGUACAUCCGAUCCUCAGCCUUCCCUCACACAGACAACCAAACCCCAGACGGCUCAGGCACAGCCUCCGAGUCAGGGCCAGGGGCAGUCUCCUGCUGGAGGGCAAAGUCCGCCACAGACGCACAUCCUCCCACCAGCCCCCUCCCAAGCACCCGCCGCCCAGGCGGCCCAAGUUCCGACUUCAGCUUCACCGCAGCUGCAAAUUCAGUCCCAUCCAUCCGUCCCGAUUCCACCGCAGGCGCCACAGCCACCGCAGCCUCAGCUCCAGCCUUCAGUUCAGGCCCUUCCGGCCUCACCGGCUCUAAACCGAGUCACCGUCCAGUCUCCGUCCCACCCUCAGCUGCAGAUCCAGCAGCCUCAGACUCAAGUCAUCACCGUUCCGCAGCUUCAGCAGCAAGUGCAAGUUCUCUCCCAAAUCCAGUCUCAUGUGGUGGCUCAGAUCCAGGCCCAGCCGGGGGUUGUGCCCCAGAAGAUCAAGCUCCAGUUACCCAUUCAGAUUCAGCAAGCCAGCCCCGUGCAGGCGCACCAGAUCCAGAACGUGGUCACGGUGCAGGCGGCCAGCGUGCAAGAACAACUGCAGAGGGUUCAGCAGCUCAGGGAGCAACAGCAAAAGAAGAAACAGCAGCAGAUUGAAAUCAAGCGUGAGCACAGCCUCCAGGCCUCUAAUCAGAGCGAAAUCAUCCAGAAGCAGGUGGUGAUGAAACAUAAUGCCGUGAUAGAACACUUAAAACAAAAAAAGACUAUGACACCAGCUGAAAGAGAAGAAAAUCAGAGAAUGAUAGUAUGUAACCAGGUGAUGAAGUAUAUUUUGGAUAAGAUCGAUAAGGAGGAAAAACAGGCAGCUAAGAAGCGAAAACGGGAAGAGAGCGUGGAACAGAAACGCAGCAAGCAAAACGCUACCAAGCUGUCAGCUCUGCUGUUCAAACACAAAGAACAACUGAAAGCUGAAAUAUUGAAAAAGAGAGCCCUGCUAGACAAAGAUCUUCAAAUAGAAGUGCAGGAAGAGCUAAAGAAAGACCUCAGUAAAAUUAAGAAGGAAAAGGAGAAAGCGCAGGCAGCAGCGGCAGCAGCUCUAGCAGCAGCCGCAGCCCCGCCGCCUCCUCCGCCGCCCCCUCCGCCACCCCCGCCGCCGCCGCCACCGCCACCGGUACAGCACCCACACGCAGCCAGCGUCACAUCAGCGCCGACGGUACCCGCGCCCAUAUCCUCCCAGAAACGAAAGCGAGAGGAGGAGAAAGAGUCUUCAGCUUCCAGGUCCAAGAAAAAGAAAAUGAUUUCUACUACCUCAAAGGAAACCAAGAAGGACACAAAGCUUUACUGCAUCUGUAAAACGCCUUAUGACGAAUCUAAAUUUUACAUUGGUUGCGAUCGAUGUCAGAACUGGUAUCACGGCCGCUGUGUGGGUAUUCUGCAAAGUGAGGCAGACCUCAUUGAUGAGUAUGUCUGUCCGCAAUGUCAGUCAACGGAGGAUGCUAUGACAGUCCUUAGUCCACUGACCGAUAAAGAUUACGAGGGAUUGAAACGAGUGCUGCGUUCUCUACAGGCUCACAAAAUGGCGUGGCCUUUCUUGGAACCAGUUGAUCCCAAUGAUGCCCCAGAUUACUAUGGCGUUAUUAAGGAACCUAUGGACCUUGCCACCAUGGAAGAACGGAUACAAAAGCGUUAUUACAAAAAACUGACAGAAUUUGUGGCAGACAUGACCAAAAUUUUUGAUAACUGUCGUUACUACAAUCCAAGUGACUCCCCUUUUUACCAGUGCGCAGAAGUUCUUGAAUCAUUCUUUGUACAAAAACUGAAAGGAUUCAAAGCAAGCAGGUCACAUAACAACAAACUGCAGUCUACAGCUUCUUAGAGUUCAACGUGUUCCCCUAACACAAAACACAGCAAGAAUCUGGUUGUCUGAAUUUUUUUUUUCUUUUUUAAGGAAGCCAGAUGUUUUUAGUCAGGUUGUCCUGACAGGAGUUGACCUAAACUGCAUUUUUAUCAGUCACAACAGUCACCUUAUUCUUGGCCUAUUUUGUCCAACGGACAAAGGAAAAACAAAAUCAGCAGCACCACUUUCUUGUCAAGAUCAAAUUGUUGUACUAUUGUGGCAGAAGCAGGAAAACCUGGUUUUAGAGAGAGUUAGAGAAAGAGAGAGAGAGAGAGAGAAAAGGAAAGCAAGAAAAAAGAUAAAUGGGGUCACAUUUAACCCCAUGGAAAUGCCACGUCUGCUCUUCAGUGAAGAAGCUGGUGUAAAGUCCACACAGAAAACUUUGACUGUAUUUAUUUAUUGUUGCAAAAAAGACGCUUUUUUAUUGCUGCCCUCAUUUGUCAGCUAAUUAUUUUUUCUUAUAAAAUCCAGCCCCGGUUACAUGUAAUCCAUUCUGUAUUUUAU